AUGUCUGACUCUACACUUUACCUUUACACCUCCCUGACCGCAGGGUCAUCCCACAUCGUCACCGCUACUGCUCGUGUGGAGACCAUCCUGAAGGCCAACAAGCUCCCUUUCCGUGCCAUUGACGUCGCCACCGACGAAGCUGCCCGGAAACUAUGGGGCCGACGCUCCAAGGGCAAGAAGUUACCCGGCCUGGUGAAAUACGGAAAUAUUGUCGGAGAUCUUGAGGAAAUUGAAGAAUGGAACGAAUUCGGCGAGCUGCGCAUGGUUGUCAACAACGUUCAGGAUGUCGAUAGCAUGCCUGCUACCAGCAACACAAUCACCCCUCCCUCUCAGCCUACACCGACCCCUAAAGAGCCCGAAACCGCUACCCCUAAAACCUCCACCAUCACAAUCCAAAGCCCACCUGCCGCCAAACCAGAUGAGAAGAAGGAUGCUAAGGCUGUUUUGGCACUUCGUCAGGCUAGCCAGGAAGCUGCCAACAAGGCCCAGACCAAGACUGACGAGAAGAAGCCUGCUGAAGGGUCCAAAUCGGAGCCCAAGCCCGAGUUGAAGAACGAAAUCCCUACUCAAAGCAGGGCGCACCGUGGAUCUGUCGCUCCUGAGCUGCCUGACACCGUAUCAGACUCGCCGAAGGCUGCGAAACGUCCACCUCUCAUUCCUGAGGUCGCAGCCGUCUCGUCGGCCAACUUCCACGCGGACAAUGCGGAGAUGCUAGGACUGGUUGAGCAUCACCGGGGCUCCAUCAUCUCGACGAUUGACCAGGAGGAGCAGGAGAAGGUUGUGAGCGAUAUUCGGAAGUCUAUUACUGCUGAGGACCCGUCUGGUAACCUUGACGCGCUCCGUAAGGAGGCCGCGCAGAAGGCGGAGGAAGGUACGAUUGAAGAGGUUGCCACUCCGCUCGAAGAAGACAUUGCUGCCGUUGCACCCGAGAUUAAGGAUGUUCAUGAGGCUGAGGCCAGUAAGGAGGACGUGAAGCAAGAUGUGAAAGAGGAGGCCGACGCCAAAGAUGAUGUCAAGGGAGACACAGAGGAUGCCAAGCCCGCGACUAAGGAGUGA